AUUUAAAAAUGAAGGUAAUCAUUGCUCUAGUAACCUUUGCUGCUUUAACUACGGCAUACAAGACCCUUUCAGAGGAGGGAGACUACAAGUUUAUCGUGAAUUUCUCAAAGAACUCGAGUAACAAGAAUAACACUGAUGCUUACUUGGGUUUGAUCGUCGGGUCGACCACCCAGCCGUUAACUAAUAGCUAUUAUGUCACAGGAGCGUGUGUAAAUAUAGGUCAAAGCAACUACCAGCUUACCACUGCAAGCACGAGCUUGCAAGGAUUCGGUAUUGAAUGGGGAUGUGCCUCCUCCUGUACAUCAUUGGCUGCUAUUUAUAAUACAGUUAAAUUUUAUGCUGGUGCUAGCUGGGAGCAAGAUACUUCUCACGUGGCUAGUUCUGGCUCCUCUCUCACACAAGUGACUACCCCCGCUGGGGUGAAUUCCUACAACACCACUGACAAGAAAGUGAUGCAUACAUGGACCGGACUAACACCUACAGAAAUUUCUAGCAGUGUGUACUUCCCGAACCAGACUUCGAAAUGGUAUGUCAGGUGCUUCGCAAGAUUUAACCAUGCUGCUUCUAUAAGUUUGGAUAGCGGUGCUGCUAAUUUAGGUACCACUCUAGGAAAUGGAAAGAAUCUGACUCUAAAGGGCAAUAGCCAAAAGGCUGCUGUUUUCCUUGCCAUUGCAGGUUCUCUAGUUGCUAUAACCGCCUAAAUUAGC